CCCGUAUCGCCCUUCACAUCUUCCACUCUCGUCCACCGUACCAUCACACAUACAACAUGGUGCUCCUCGUCACUUCUGAUAACGAGCAAUUUGUAGUCGACAAAGAAGUCGCCGAGCGCAGCGUCCUCAUCAAGAACAUGCUCGAGGAUGUUGGCGAGAGUGACCAGCCGAUUCCGCUCCCUAAUGUGUCGUCGUCUGUGCUGAAGAAGGUCCUUGAGUACUGCGAGCACCACCGCAGCGACCCGCUGCCAACUACUGACUCGUCAGAGAACGACGAUGCGCGCAAGCGUACCACCGACAUUUCUGAGUGGGACCAGAAGUUUAUUACAGUCGACCAGGAGAUGCUGUUCGAGAUCAUUCUGGCGGCCAACUACCUCGACAUCAAGCCCCUCCUUGAUGUCGGUUGCAAGACGGUGGCGAACAUGAUCAAGGGCAAGACCCCUGAGGAGAUCCGCAAGUUGUUCAACAUCGUCAACGACUUUACGCCUGAGGAAGAGGCCCAGAUCAAGAAGGAGAACGAAUGGGCCGAGGACCGGUGAACAUGCACUCUGUCGUUUUUCUCGUCGCUAUUUUCUUCCUUCUGCAUGUUUGUCCUCGGUGUCGCAUCUACUCUCAAUUGUAUCAUAAUAUCCUGAAAACCCGAGUGCUCUGAGUAGCUUUGUGUUCUUUCCUCACACGGCUCUCGCUUCUGCCGAACCGUGUCAUACAUGUACAUGUAGAUGGACCCCCAAGGAUGAUUAGAACUUCCGCAU